UGUCCAAACAGAAGAACCUUUGUUCUGUUUUAAUUUAAUCAUCACUUUGUUUUUCAGUUUUUUUUCGGGUUGUUUUCUCUCCAAUAUUUGAAUUUCUUCGAUGGAUUUUCUUGUACAUACAUCACUCAUUCAAACAUUAUUCCACAAAGCAUCCGUGAAGCCCUGUUCUCUAAUCUCCUUCUUAUAAUUCAAAUUUUCUGGGGAAUUUUCUCUCAAUUUUCCCAGAAUAUCUUCGCAUUAACAUUGGAGACAAAGAACACAAACAUGUUGCAAGACGUGAUCUCGUCACACGACCAGCUUUCCAUCGAUGAUACCACGAGCCCUCUUAGUGCUCAAAUCUUCGAUUUCUCUGAUCCACAACUGUUUCAAGAAAGCUUUAAUCAAUCCUCUGAAGUCACCUCUUCUUCAAACAUUCUCGAAAAAUCUGGAAGCUUUCAAGACAAUCACAGUGGUAAUUCAAACACUAACACGACCACAACCACUGAUAACAGUAACACCAACCAGAACAACCAAUUUCAAGAUGAUGAAGACGACAACAACAACGUAGACCUGUCCAUAAUCUUCGAUUCACAAGAAGAUUUCGAAAACGACAUAGCCGCUUCAAUAGAUUUCUCAUCAUCUUCUUUGCAGUAUCCAGUUAUAGACCAGCUCCUUACAACAACGAAUCAAGACCAAUUUGAUUUCUCAUCAGGAGUCCAAAUUGUUCAUCGGCUUCCUAACAUUCCUGACUCUGGAGACCCUCUGGCUCUACCAGCGGUUUCCUCUGUUGCUCCUCCUCCUUUACCAUUAGGGGUUUUCGAAGAAGAUUGCCUUUCUUCUGUCCCAAGUUACAAUCUUGGCUUUAACCCUACUUCACCUUCUUCCUUACAGUUCCGUACAUCCGGUUUACCGACGUAUAUGAUGAAUAUGAGCACCGGCUUGCUAUCUUCCGGAAGUAAUUCCGGUUUAUUUCCUGAAAAUAUUCAUUUGGGAUCUGAAUUCAACAAACCACAUGAUCAAUGGAUGGAUUUUCAAGCUGAUAAUGGUGGAUUGUUAUGUCCAAAUUCCAUCAAACAUAUCUUUAAUCCAGGAGAUCUCCAGGCACUUAGUGGAGUCGAGAAUCAGAGCCACUUGGUGUUACCUCAGACUCAUCCAACAUUAGGACCGGUCGAGAUAAAUGGUUUAGAAGAUUCAACGUUAAACAAAGUUGUGAAACUCUCCCCAGAGCAAAGGAAAGAGAAGAUCCAUAGGUACAUGAAGAAGAGGAAUGAAAGGAAUUUCAGCAAGAAAAUAAAGUAUGCGUGUAGGAAAACAUUGGCAGAUAGUCGUCCGAGAGUUAGAGGACGAUUUGCAAAGAAUGAUGAGUUUGGUGAACUAACUAAACAUGGUUCUUCAAGCCAUCAUGAUGAUGAAGACGAAGACGAUAUGAGAGUGAAGGAUGAGGAACAAUUGGUAGAUUCUAAUUCAGACAUUUUUGCACACAUUAGUGGACCGAAUUCCUUCAAGUGCAACAACCCAAUUCAAUCUUGGAUUUGAGUUUCAAGUUCCACGCCACAAAAUUAAAGACUCAUGUUUAUAACAUGAAUCUUAUAUAGUCUUAUAUAAUUAAUAUCGCUAUAGAGUUGUUACUUGUUAGUAUUAGUAUAUUUAUUUUUGCAAUGCCCAGGCCCUGUCAACAAAAAUAAAAAUAAUAGUAAUAACCUAAAAAGAUAAUGAAUAAUGGUUUUAGGCAGGUUUGGUGUUUAGAUAAAUAAAACAGCGGUGAAGAAUGUUUUAUUAUGUUACAUAGAAAAUUGAAAAUUUUGUAGAUGUUACAUAGUAUGAUAUUAUAUGAUAUA